UGGUAGCCAACGUCACAUCUAAAUUGGCAACGCGUAUCGAUCGGAUGCGAAGUUAAAUCAUCCUUCAUUCGAUCCUGAUAAAUAUCGUCAUGCUGACAUCGAACACGUCCAUUUAGCGGUGCUCGCAGUGCUGGGUCCGCUAAUUAAAUCUCAACGAUGGAUGCACGAUGCAACAAGCCCUACGAUUUCAUCGCUGUGGCUCGAAAUUUAACCGAAGAAAUAAAAAAGACUCGAGCGAUGCAAAUGAUGUGGUUUCAAACGUACGGUCCUCUACUGGAAGAAUACAAAAACGUGAAAAAGGAGAUGGCAGAGUUGUGUGAGAAAAAACAGGUCAUGGUCGUCGAUCAUUCAUCUAUCGAAGAUGAAAGAUCUUGCUUACCUACGCCAGAAACAAGCAAUUGCGAAGUAUGAUCGUUUGAAAUCAAUUUGACGAUUGAUUUAAACACUUCACUAUAUUUUUUCUAGUAUGGCUGGCUCGCAAUGAAGCCAGAAUUUCAAUUAGAAAGAUACGGACCGUACACAAUUGAUCGAAUUAAUCCUAUGGAGACUGAAACUCUUUUACAAGGAAACAUACCAAUGCUUGCACCUGGAAAAGGCUUAAUUCGAUAAAAAUUUAAUAUAAAUAUUCAAUGCAUCCUAUUUCAUAUAUCCAUAUAAAAUUCCUUUUAUAAAAUC